CUAAAAGUUAUCACCUUCGAGUGGAAAGAUUUAGAAUUGCCCUUUUAAAGCUAUCACAUUGUUUUUCUAAAAAGAGAUUCAGUGUCUCCCUGCCUCGCUGCACUGUUGAUAUUUCAAUAUUUUCAUAACCUGGACCUUUUAAAUUGUGGUCAAGUGUAAGUGUUCAGUGUACAUAAAGAAUAUCAACUACAAUUUUCCGUUCCUUUGUGUCCAUAAGCCAUGACUCGUGCCUUAAACAAGCUGUUCAUUGUGAUGUCAUAAAACUUAAUUUCUUCUUUGUGCCCGUAAUCCCACCACGUGACUACUACUGUAGGCUGACACCUGGUCAGCGUCUAUGAAGAUUACGUCACAGGCGUAAUGGAUGACUGGACAUCCAGACGCUACCGCCUUGAGGCUACCGUCGGUUGUGUAAUCUGGCGACGAGCCAUGGGAAGUACUUGAAUUUCUGGAAAGUUCGACAUUUUAACAAAAGAAGAUUGACAGCUGAGCUUGGCCCUUUAACCAAUCAGAACGUUGGAACGAUUCCCGCCCAAAAAAAAUGACGCUUCGUUUGUCAUCGUAUAAAAGCUCUGACAAAACGUUUGUCUGUACCAUUUCUUUACCCUCGUUGUCGAGUGUAGAGUGCUUUGUAUUGCUGUUUUAUUGAAUCCACGUUGUCAUCACUAUAUUCAAAAAGUACGACGGCUUUUACUGCGAUCUUCAGAGUUCCCAUCUAGUUCUGGUGAUUUUUCUCAGGCAUUCAAUCAGUUUUUGGUUACAUCCGAGUAUUUCUUCAUUUCACCAUGAGUUCUGUGGAGAAGAUUCGUGUCAUCAAGCUGCAUAAGGGGGGAGAUGUCUUCCACUACCACCGCAUCCAUUACUUGUCCGUCUUGCACCAAGGACAACGCAGCAAGAUUCUCUUGGCGAGGAGCAACAAAAUCCCAGACAGGAAAUUCGCUAUCAAGCAGAUGCCUCUUGUCUCUGAUGAGGAUAGAGAUCGCUUCACACGCGAGAUGUAUCUGAUGAAACUGGCUUCUGACAUAUGUGGAGUUGUGACUUUGUUGUCUCAUCCCGUCUUCUGUGGUCCCACCGGCUAUCUGAUCAUGCCGUUCUGCGAGAAGAGAGACCUGCUCUCGCAGACAGGGAAACUGAGCCACGACAGCUGGAUGAAAGUGUUUGUCAGGAUGGCGGUGUCUCUCCGAAGCCUGCACAAGAAGAGGAUUUAUCAUCAAGACUUGAGGCCACAGAACAUCAUCCUCACUACCUCUGACGUCGCCUUCAUCUCUGACUUUGGCGCUGCGUAUCUACUCUCUGAGGGAUGUGACAAGGUGGACACGUGGACAGCUGCACCUGGUUUCCGGGGACCUGAGGCGGACCAGAAGGGUGGUCAGUUCUGUCCAUUCCAACUGGACACCUACAGCCUGGCUGUCAGCAUGUGGCAGGUACUAUCUGGUCUGUGUCCAGUCAAGAACAAGCCUUUGGAUCACCUAGACAACAUCCCCCCGCAGUACGCUGCCUUGUUGAGGAACCUUCUUCUUCCGGACCCCGACAGGAGAUGGACCCUGGACAAGUUCCUCACUGAGGCCCUGGAGCUGCACCCGGACCUGUCCUGUCUUCUCUAGGACGUUUGGAUCCCGUUCUAAAGAUAGUUAAAAGACAGUGUUUAUAUUUGUACGUCUUGACUUCUCACUGUUAAGCUUUCUAGUUUGAAGCUUUCUACAACGCCUUUGAUAAACUGAUGUCAAUGUCGUAAUAUUGUUCUGAAUUAGAGCAGGCCCAAGAAAAAGAGAGAGAGAAAGCAAGAAUGGGAGAGACAGAGAGAAUAAGAGAUAAAGGCACUGAUUACAAAGUAGUUAAGACUAAGAGUGAAAGUUAGUGAGAGACAGUUUGUUUGUGUGUGUGUGUGUGUGUGUGUGUGUGUGUGUAUGUGUGUGUGUGUUAGAGAGAGAGAGAGAGAGAGAGAGAGAGAGAGAGAGAGAGGGGAGGAGAGAAAGAGAACAAAUAUAAUAUAGUAGUAAGUCGUGGUUAGUCUUUCUUUAUAUAGGACUAUGUUCGAGAUCUUGAUGUGAUGUUUAUGUACCCAAUAAAGAAAAACAAAUCCAAAA